CGAUUUUUUUUCCCCACAGUACUAACGUCUAUAAUUUAGUGUUCAUUUAAUGUCUCCCGACUUUUAUUUUUGGAUCUAUUUUGUCUUACGUCGCUAGUUGGGUCACUGUAAUUCAUGCGGUUGUAAGUCAAUGCAAUAAAAAGCGAGGCGAGCUAACCUUUUUUUUAACGAAAAAAGUCAUGAUUGGUACUAGUUUUCUUUAGGUUUUUAUCUUAGAUAAUUGUUGAAGAAUAAUACAGUGGUGAUUAAUUUUGUAUUAUUUUCGGGCAAUGGAGCAUACGGUUCCUAAAAAUAAGUUAAAGAAGCUCAGUGAAGACAGUCUCACAAAGCAACCAGAAGAGGUCUUCGAUGUUCUCGAAAAGCUUGGAGAGGGGUCGUAUGGGAGUGUAUUUAAAGCUAUACACAAAGAAUCAGGCCAGGUAGUGGCCAUUAAGCAGGUUCCUGUGGAGUCGGACCUGCAAGAAAUCAUCAAGGAGAUCUCCAUUAUGCAGCAGUGUGACAGUCCCUAUGUGGUAAAAUACUAUGGCAGUUAUUUCAAAAACACGGACCUCUGGAUUGUGAUGGAGUACUGCGGUGCUGGCUCUGUAUCAGAUAUCAUCCGGUUACGUAACAAAACACUCACAGAGGAUGAGAUUGCUACUAUACUUAAAUCCACCCUGAAGGGUCUUGAGUAUCUGCACUUCAUGAGAAAAAUCCACAGGGACAUCAAAGCUGGAAACAUCUUACUUAAUACAGAGGGACAUGCUAAAUUAGCUGACUUUGGAGUAGCUGGACAACUCACUGACACCAUGGCUAAAAGGAACACUGUGAUUGGUACACCAUUCUGGAUGGCUCCUGAAGUGAUUCAGGAGAUUGGGUACAAUUGUGUGGCAGAUAUCUGGUCCCUUGGCAUCACUUCUAUAGAAAUGGCAGAGGGCAAGCCUCCUUAUGCAGAUAUUCAUCCAAUGAGAGCUAUUUUCAUGAUUCCAACAAAUCCCCCACCAACAUUCCGGAAGCCUGAGCUAUGGAGUGAUGAUUUUACAGACUUUGUAAAGAAAUGUUUAGUGAAGAACCCAGAGCAGAGAGCUACAGCCACUCAGCUGUUACAGCAUCCCUUUAUUACCAAUGCCAAGCCAGUGACCAUUCUGAGGGACCUGAUCACAGAAGCCAUGGACAUGAAGGCAAAGAGACAACAGGAGCAGCAGAGAGAGCUGGAAGAGGAGGAUGAAAACUCAGAGGAGGAGGUAGAAGUGGACUCCCACACCAUGGUAAAAUCUGGCUCAGAGAGCGCUGGCACCAUGCGGGCCACAGGCACGAUGAGCGACGGCGCUCAGACCAUGAUCGAGCAUGGCAGCACUAUGCUCGAGUCAGACUUGGGCACUAUGGUGAUAAACAGCGAUGAGGAAGAUGAGGAAGAAGAUGUAGGCUCAAUGCGGAGAAACCCUACAGCACAGCAAGGCCAGCGCCCAUCUUUUAUGGAUUACUUUGACAAGCAGGACUCAAAUAAAGCUCAGGAGAGUUACAAUCACAACCAACAUGACCCCUACCUCAUACCCAAGACUGCUUUCCCAGAUAACUGGAAAGUACCACAGGAUGGAGACUUUGAUUUUCUGAAAAACCUAGACUUUGAGGAGCUGCAGAUGCGCCUCAGCGCUCUGGACCCGAUGAUGGAGAGGGAAAUUGAAGAGUUGCGGCAGCGCUACACUGCAAAGAGGCAGCCUAUCCUUGAUGCCAUGGAUGCUAAGAAGCGUCGGCAGCAAAACUUCUAAGGCUAGAAAGAAUGCAAAUUCUAAAUGGGCCAGACAUUACAUAUGUUUUAAGUUUCAUUAAAGAUGUUACACCCAGUUUUAAUGCUGGAGCCCUGCCUCUUUAAGUAAGCCCCCUGCUGUAUGUUGUUAAUUGGAGCAUGUGGCUAAGGUUUUGUUUUUUCCCCAAUAGGACACUGAGACCUGAGCAAUGUCUUCACUAAGGUCUGUGAACAAAACACAAAACUCAUUAACAUUAAAAUGACAAGGGAAAAACAACUACCAUAGCCAGCAAUAGAUAUAGUACUAAAAAUCAGGAUACGGUGCAGGUUAUAAUUGAAAUACCACCAUCUUGAUCACAGAGAAUCAGCCUGCUGAUAUUCAGAAGAGAAUCAUGGGGGGGGGGGAAAGGUUUGGAAGAAAUGUGCUCUCUCUCUCUCCCGUAAUUUCACAUUUACUGCCCUAACCAUAGUACCACUCUGAUUAAUCUAAAUGUGGAGUCAACCAUGCACAUCACACGGAGUGUUCUUCGUCUCUGAGGUUUUGAUAUUUUCAACACAAAGCACAUAAGUACUCUUGCUUGGAUGUUUAAGUUUAUUUUUCAAAUGGGGGAAAAACAGACAAUCAAAGAAGGGGAAUGUCUUAGCAUACACUUCAGUCCAAAGUAAUAAAACAAAUGGGCUUCCCUUUUGGUUUGAAAUUGGGUUAAGUGGGGUUCUGUGGUUAUCGGACCAUAUUUUAGUAGACUGAACUUAAUUGAAAUAGGCUUUGAAUUAAGUUUUAAAUGUGUCCUCUUUAUAAUGGUAAUAGGGGACAGACUGGGAGUUUCUAACAGUACCUCCAUUGUUAAGACUAGAAGGACACAAUGUAGCCCUGUAAAUACACAUGGACCAUUAAAUUUCCAAUAUUUGGUUUCUGUGCUGAAUGUCAUGUUUUCUCAGUUUUAGAUGUUCUGAACAUGUGUCUUUAUAUUGCCCUAUUCUCAAUAUUCUGCUGGUGCCUCCCAUCAUGUUCAGUAUGGUAAACACGCCUGUGUGAGAGUGGUUUUUAUGUGCUCUUAAACCCCCACUUUGUCUUAGGGGCUACCUGAUAGGUUCUCUUUAUCCUUCUCCUCUUUGUCAAGGGUUGAUUGAUUUAAAGACUGUUAUAACCUCUGUUUCUGUGGGACCAGUACCUUUUCUAAGUUACAUGAGUGUUUCAUAUUUUUACAUGUUUUAGAACUAUUUCCACUGUAUAUCCUAAUUUAUUGUGCAUUAUUCAUUGCUUUUAUAGCUGCUGUUGCAUGUAAACCUUUUUAAUAACAUUGAAUGCUGACUUCUCUACCCUUAGACACUUUAUAUAAACAAAACAAACAACCAACAAGCUCUAAACAUGCCAUCGUAUUUUCUGCCUAUUAGAAAAGUCUACAACCUGGAUAAUUUUGUCUCUUCUAUUGUUUUGGAAUAAGGUUUUCUUGUGUUUGCAGUUUGUUACUCAGUCACCAAAGGUGGCGCUUAUUUAAGGUCAGUUUCCUGUCUUUCAUUUUAGUUCAAAUCGACUUGUAAAACAUUGUUUUUCAUUUUAAUUUCUUUAAUCUUAAAAAGGGGAAAUUUCUUAUUCUUGUCUCAGUAAACGUUUAAUAAUCUGACUACCAUCAUUAUAUUACCUUAGAUGAAGGAAACCAGAAACCAAUACUGAUGUACAAAGUUACCAGUGUUGCAUGCUUUACGGUAUACACCAAAGUAUACAUAACACCGAAUAAAGCAGUUUGUCCGAAACAUA